GAGAGCUGCUCUCUGCCUAUUUCUCCCCAGGCAAAUCACCCACAUUCCUGCACGCUGUUCCCCACCCCUUCCCAGCGAGGGCAGAGGGACCCCGGGCAAGGGUCAAGUCGUUGGCAUGCAGCCAGCCGCCCACCAAGUAUUAAUAGAGAGCCUUGGGCUGCAGGAGCCUGGCACUGGGGCCUCGGGUUGCAAAGUGAAAGGAGCGCCAGGAGUGUGUCCUCAUCUCUCCCUCCGCCCUGGCGCGCGCCCAGCUGCCGCCGGGUGCACCUGCGGGGCCCCAAGGGGGGCGCUGCCUCAGCAACUGCAGCCGCUGCCUAGACUGCGGGAGCCGCGCGGGGGACAACCCGGAGUCGGGGAGCAGCGAUGAGCAGCGACUCGGACCGCGAGUGCCCGCUGGACGGAGACCCCCAUCAACAAGAGAUGGUUCCAAGUAAGAAGAGUGCCGUUCUCGUGGAUGGGGUUGUACUGAACGGCCCCACAACAGAUGCAAAAGCAGGAGAAAAAUUUGUGGAAGAGGCCUGUAGGCUAAUCAUGGAAGAGGUGGUUUUGAAGGCUACGGAUGUCAGUGAGAAGGUUUGCGAGUGGCGGCCUCCUGAACAGCUGAAACAGCUUCUUGAUUUGGACAUGAGAAACACAGGAGAGCCACACCACAGGCUGUUGGAGCUCUGCCGGGAUGUCAUCCACUACAGCGUCAAAACUAACCAUCCCAGAUUUUUCAACCAGUUGUAUGCUGGACUUGAUUACUACUCCUUGGUGGCCCGAUUUAUGACAGAAGCCUUAAACCCAAGUGUUUAUACGUAUGAGGUGUCCCCAGUGUUUCUGUUAGUGGAAGAAGCGGUUCUGAAGAAAAUGAUUGAAUUUAUUGGCUGGAAAGAAGGGGAUGGAAUAUUUAACCCAGGUGGUUCAGUGUCCAAUAUGUAUGCAAUGAAUUUAGCUAGAUACAAAUACUGUCCCGAUAUUAAGGAAAAGGGGCUGUCUGGGUUGCCAAGAUUAAUCCUUUUCACGUCGGCAGAGUGUCAUUACUCUAUGAAGAAAGCAGCCUCCUUUCUUGGGAUUGGUACAGAGAAUGUUUGCUUUGUGGAAACAGAUGGAAGAGGUAAAAUGGUACCUGAGGAACUGGAGAAGCAAAUCUGGCAAGCCAGAAAAGAGGGAGCAGCUCCGUUUCUCGUCUGUGCCACCUCUGGGACCACCGUGCUGGGAGCCUUUGAUCCUCUGGAUGAAAUAGCGGACAUCUGUGAGAGGCAUGGCCUCUGGCUUCACGUGGAUGCUUCGUGGGGCGGUUCAGCUUUGAUGUCAAGGAAGCACCGCAAGCUCCUGAGAGGCAUCCACAGAGCCGACUCUGUGGCCUGGAACCCCCACAAGAUGCUGAUGGCUGGAAUUCAGUGCUGCGCUCUCCUCGUAAAAGACAAAUCCGACCUUCUCAAGAAAUGCUACUCUGCCAAGGCAUCUUACCUCUUCCAGCAGGAUAAAUUCUAUGAUGUCAGCUAUGACACAGGAGACAAGUCUAUCCAAUGCAGCAGGAGACCAGAUGCAUUCAAGUUCUGGAUGACUUGGAAGGCCCUGGGAACAUUAGGCCUUGAGGAAAGAGUUAAUCGUGCACUUGCUUUAUCUAGAUACCUUGUAGAAGAAAUCAAGAAAAGAGAAGGAUUCAAGCUACUGCUGGAACCUGAAUAUGCCAAUAUUUGCUUUUGGUACAUUCCGCCGAGCCUUCGAGAGAUGGAAGAAGGACCUGAGUUCUGGGAAAAACUUAAUGUGGUGGCCCCAACCAUUAAGGAGCGGAUGAUGAAGAAGGGAAGCCUGAUGCUGGGCUACCAGCCCCACCGGGGGAAGGUCAACUUCUUCCGCCAGGUGGUGAUCAGCCCUCAAGUGAGCCGGGAGGACAUGGACUUCCUCCUGGACGAGAUAGACCUACUGGGGAGAGACAUGUAGCUGUGGCUUUUGGUUCCCCAGAGGCACGGGUCCUGUCC